UUCCAGCCCAAGAGUCCGAAGUCCCCCGCCAUGAGCGGCAGGAAGAACAGAAAGCACGGUGCUCUCCAGUGCAUCCCAGGGGAAUACGUCCAAGAAGAGGCGGCGCAUGUCAAGAAGAGCGUGCCUUCUCCAGACGGCGAAGGCUUCCUUCCGGGGACCCUCUACUGCACCAACCUCCGAGUGGCCUUCCUCCCAGAUCCGCCCCCCAACGCAGAGGACGGCUCCUGCCGCCCCUUCAUCCACACCGACCAUGACGUGGCCCUCCCUGGCAUCGCGAAGCUGGUGGCUGUCCACAGCUUUGCCAAAGCCAAGGUGCUGACGAGCUCCUCCCUGCUGAAGUUCAUCCCGGAGGAGCUGCUGGUCUUCUGCCGGGACUUCCGCCUGCUGCGCUACCACUUCCACGAGAGCGGCCUGGAGCCCCAGGCUUUCCGGGUGACCAUGGCCAUCGCCCAGGCUCAGGAGAGCAGCGGCUGGGACGGCAGCUAUGAAAGCGUCGCCUGGAAGAACCUGGAAAACGGCCAGGCCAGCCGAGAGGAGGAAGAGCCCCCGACCCUCCUGUUUGAGUCCCUCUGCGACUGGGAGAAGGAGCUGAAGCGACUGGGGGCCGAGGGCUGGAGGGUCAGCCCGGCCAACGAGCGUUUCGACAUGUCCACCAGCCUCCCCAAAUACCUGCUGGUUCCCAGUCGAUCUCUGGACAAUGAACUGAAGAGGGCCUUUGUGCAUUUCAACGAAAGGCGCAUCCCGAGGCUGAGCUGGCAUCACCCAGGAGGCAGCGAUCUGCUGAGAGCCGCCAGCUUCCAUCCUGAUUCAGACCCAGAAAAAGAAGACAUGAGGUCGGUGGAAACGCUGAUGCUGGCCGGGCAUUCUCAGUGCGUGAUCGUGGAGACGGCGGCCGAUCUCCCCACCCCAGCGGAGGUCCAGCAGGCCUACGCCAAACUGUGGUCCUUGAGUCUCUGCCUUGCCGAUUCCGUGGCCGCGCCUUCGGACGAGAAGUGGCUCUCCAGCCUGGAGGGGACGCGGUGGUUGGAGCACGUGAGGGCAUGCUUGAAGAAGGCCAGCGAAGUGGCUGUGUUGCUAGCUGAGAGGAAGCGGUCCGUUGUACUGCAAGAAUCAGAUGACAGGGACCUCAACUGUUUGCUGGCUUCCCUGGUGCAAGUUCUUUCGGAUCCACACACAAGGACCAUAUCCGGAUUCCAGAGCCUAAUCCAGAAAGAGUGGGUGGCGGCCGGACACCCCUUCCAGCAACGUCUCAACCUGCUCCAGAAAAAUGACCGGGAGGAGUCGCCUGUUUUCCUGCUCUUCCUGGAUUGUGUCUGGCAGCUCCUGCAACAGUUCCCGCGCGCCUUUGAGUUCACGGACGCCUACCUGGUGGCCUUGCACGACAGCAGCUACCUCCCCUUUGCCUCCACUUUCCUCUUCAACUGCCAGUGGGAAAGAGGACGGAAAAACCAAAACCGCUUCCUGAACCAACUGUACACUCCCAUCAACGGCUGGCGGGAAGACCUCUGCCUGGAGAUCCUCCAGAAGGAGAGCAAGGCCGCGGAGGCCGCCCACCUGCCGACCCUCUGGGACUGGGCGGUCAGCUACAGCCCCCGCCAGAGGGCCCAGUUCAGGAACCCUUUCUUCCUGCGGAGCAGCCCCGCCGGCGGUGGACGUGCCCUGAAUGGGAACUUCCUGCCCCCAAAGGGGUACCAGAUGCAAAACACUCCCCCAGGGAAAGGGACCCUGUACGUCUUCUCCAAGGGCAGCCUCGCGUUGCAAACUCACUUUUUCCCCUGGAAAAACGGAUCCCUGGUCAAGAAGGGGACCCGCCAGGCUCCGCUGGCCGAAGGAUCUGGAGAACAGGAGAGGCCCCCGUGGGGCAAAGCCAGCCCCUGGCUCCUUUGCCAGGACGGGCCGCUCCUCCUUCCCUCACUGGUGGGGCCCAGGAUCCGCCUGUGGCGAAGGUGUUACCUUCGGGGGAACCCAGACUUUCCGCUUGGUCUCUUUGCUCCCAGUCUCAGGGGGUUGGCAGAGGAACUGGAGCGCCUCCAAGACCAGCUGCAGGCAGCGAAGAAGAAGCUGCCAUCCUGCUCUUGAGACGGGGCAGAAAACUACACUGAGAGCGGUCGGAAAAGGCCUGGAGCUCCCUCAACGGUCCCGUUCAAAGGUGGGCUCUGCCUUCUGAAUAUCUACGGCCGAACGGGGACCGUUCCCUGGUGCUCCUCCUUCAGAAGGCCGCUGCGAUCAGCUGGAUUCUGGAGGCCAUUCCCAUGGCGAUUGUAAUUCCGCUCCCAGGGACCUUGUUUCUGAAGCCAAUAUCCGGUUCACACUCUCAUUUACUUCCAGGAAGAACGGCGGAACGCCCUGAGUGUGAUUGGACUGAGCCUGGUACGUUUUGAAAGCGCCCCGUUCAGUGGAUCAAACCAAUUUACUCUUGUCCUCAUCCUGCUAAACUUGUAUUCCUCUUAAAGGUCCCGCUUUGAUCGUAUUACAGGAUCAGCAUUUUUCAGAGGCACCCAAUAGCAAAAGCUGUGUUGAUUAGCCCUGCAUUCUCCCCCCCCACCCCCACCGGCCUGUUAAUUUUGUCUUUUUUUAGAAAUCCCAUGGUCCACCGACCCGUUUUAUAGGUGCAAGUCAAAAGUACAGAGCCCGUAUUUCUGAAAUGUAGACCCUAGAACUGGGAUGCUGAGUAUUUAUCACAGGCUUGGGAAGAGAAGAAAUCUCAUGCUGGAUCCUAUAAAUGCUUGGACACGGUACCUGUCCGGCUUACAAAGCCCAGAACACCCUUUCCAGUCCUGAUCAGGGGAUUUUGGGAGUUGUAGUCCAAAAGCAGCCUUCCACGGAAGAUGUGGAUCAAAUCCGUUUCCAUCUUUUUUCCCAGCCUCUUUUGCCAGGAUCCCCGCUGCCCAGAUAGAUCUGUUAGGUGGGCUCACCAGAACUCGGCCGCCGCCUCCUGGGUGGGCCACCCUCUAAUGCUGACAAUUUUUCACAGCAGUAUUAAACACCCCCCCACCCCCAAUUCUUGGAUUUCAGGAGGGGAGGGUGAUUCACCUCCCUCCAGAUUCUGUCAAGAAACAGCAGUAUUAAGAUCUUGGUUUUUGUAGGAAAACUGAGAUUUAGCUUCCUUCUCUGGUAUUGGGGGUCGCUGGGUGAGCUUGGACCUUUGAGAGUAUGCCUCUCCAUUCAAACGGGGUGGGGAGGGCUCUCUCUGUGUUGCCCAAAAGGUACAGUACAUUCCAAGAUUAGGGCCCAUCUAUUGCACCGACCCAAACAGUACAGAAUAUUUGGGUGGGGUAGCUUCCUGGCUGGCUUAAUGCAGGUACUAAGAUAAUAUGGGUCCUAACUCUGUGGCAGAUGGGCUCCGUAAAUAGCUUGAAUGGGAUCCCUGAUCGAGGGAACUGUCAGGACUUUUCCCCCAAAGGGAGAUCGUUCCUGCCUGGAUGAGCAAUAAAUAAUACUGUAAAACUGCCUUAAAGGCCUUUCUGGUCUGUCUGCACACCUGUCUUUAGUCUGGGACGCAUUUUACAAACAGGAGGCCGAUGUCUCUGGCUGGUUUCAGGUGACUUUGAUUUUUUUUUUCCUUAAGCACUUUAUAUACAGUAUAUAUAUAUAUAUCUGUCGCCACGUCUGCUCUGCUGUGUGUCGCUAGUUCACCAGACCUGGGUUACAAACACCCAGGAGUGUUGGGGCUCCACACAGAGAUACGAAAAGUCGUUUCUUCCUCUCCCGCCCCCCCCAAAUGUUUUUCGUAGAGACUGUGAUUUUAUCCCUGUUGCUGCUGUUUAUUUCUGUCUUGAUUUAAUUCAGAAUGGUAGAGUAUUUACUGUAUAUGCAGAAAGAUAUAUGGGCAAAGCUUAAGGAAUGGGCAGAUCCCACCCUUUGGUACUUCAUAACGAAGCUUUUCCUGGGACGAUCAUCCUACUUCCUUCACUGAACUGCCUGAGAAGGGUGGACACUCAUUGGCAAACCUGUUGAGUUUCUCCCGUGUUUUUCCCCUCCACUUUUGAAUUCAGUAUCUUUGCAUUGGUAUCGCUCAGAACCUUUUAACUGGGCACGUAAGGCAGUUCAGUGGCUUGCCUCUUACAGCCUUGAAGAUAACGUGGGACUGUGUACAGCCCUUGGCAUUGAAAAAGCAUGCCUGUCUCGGCUGUGAAUUAAGACAAGACACCGUUUUGACGACUCUGAACCAAUUCUUUGCCUUCAGACAGAACUGCUAAGCUUUUAGACUAGGAAUCCCUGCAUGGAAAUAUAUUUGGUGUCGUCAUGUCUGUUUCAAUGUUUUCUGGAAGCCUGUCCCUCCCACUGUUCUUCAGGAGCACUAAAAAUGGCCACGGAUGCCAUCAGCAUUCAAGUACGCGGCUGUUAUAAAAAAGGUGUGGACCUUUAUUCCUUCUGCCUAAAAUAAGCUAUUUGUAAACAUCAAGCCCAGGAUGGUUGGAUGGCAUUCAGUGCUGCUACUAUGCUUGAUAUACUCUAUCCAUUGUCAAGGCUAUAUCACCAGGCAUACGGUUUGGCCUGGGUACCUAAGUAAUAAUAAUGAGACUGCUGGUCCCUCUGGAUGCCAUGCUUUCCUCUUCCAUUUCUGUAUAUCAUGUUUGCACUGUUGGUUUGGUUUAUCGCUGUAUUUCGAGGGCCUACUAUGUACAUAUUUUUGACGUGGUAAAAUCCGUAGUGGGAAAAUAUUUCCAUUUAUAUGACCAAGACAAAAGGUUGAUGCUGCUUUUACAUAUUUGCUGUUAAUUAUAGUAUUUUUUUUAUUUUGUUUUAUUUUAUAAGCUUUUGUUCCAAAGCCUUAAUCACAUAAAGGAGCAAUCAUAAGCUAAAGAUCUUUUUUUAAAAAGAGAGAGUAAAAUUCUCUGGUACAAUAUACUGCACUGUCUCCCAGUGAUUAGUUAAGAAUACCCUUCUUGUAUCAUGGUAUGAAAAGUAAUAAGGAAAGGAUGCCUGCUUCUAUCAAUUUACAUCACGCUGAUAAUACCUUGUUUCUUGGCCGUUAAAGCACUAUGCACCACUAAUUUUACUCCCCUUGCAAGCCAGGAAUGGCUCAAUCCGCCUGCUUUUUAAGUGGCCAAAGAUGCAAAUUUGCAAAACUCACCUGUGGUUCCCCUGUGCUCAGAGUAGACCUUAUAGCCCGCAACAUGUGGACAUGUCCUUUCCGCCCCACUUCCAGAUUUUUGAAAGAAGGAGAGCCUUUGCUCCCUGCCCCUUGGUAGUCCAGAUGUUCAGGACAGACCCACUGCUGGUUUCUGUUAGAAAGGCACUCCAGAGGUUGUGGGCCUCCACCCCUCAUCAGCCCUAGGCCACGGUGAUGAAUCCAGCCGGACCUAGUCCAAGGACAUUUAGAAGGUUGUAGCUGUGCUAGAACAUCUUUAUGCCCUCAUUGUGAUGCAGAAACUGACUCAUUUAUGCAGCUGGCCACUGGCCCACUUUUUCAAAUAUUUUGAAAACAUGAACCCUGUUCUAGCACAAUUUGCAACCUGUAACCUGAUUUUUGCAGGUUCCCCUGGAGGUAAAUCCAACUGUGUUCAGCUUGUGCAUAAGACUGGUGCCUUAACAUUGCAGUCUAAAAUGCACAACCUUUUGGGUGGUUUAGAUGUCUUUCUCCUAUUGUUUUCUUUGUUGACUAACCCUUUGUCUAAUUUUUUUAAAGUUUGCUAAGAAAUGAAAGACAGAGAAGGUUGCUACUCUAUUAAUAUAACACAUCUUAGGCCAAUGCACUGCUCAUUAGUUGAACUAACUUUCUUAAAUGCAUUUUAGAGCAUUUUUGUGCCUGGUCCCUGCUAUUAUAUAUUUUCCCUUCAAAUAAAGUGUAAUACUUGUGCUUGCUAGGAAAAAUAAAAAAUAAAACAGUAUUAUGUGAAUGGAAUUGUUUUCAAGAAAAACAUUUGGAAUGAGAGUUUGAUGCUAAUUCUGUGCUGAUAUACAUUUUGCCUGUAGCAUGAAGCACACGAGUAACAAAGCUACAAAAAGCAUUUCCCUUGCACCGUGUAUUUUUAUAACAACAUUUCUGUUUGAGCCUCUAUUAAAAGUUCAGUAUUUUGAAACCUAA